CUGGGCUUCUUGUCACUCAGAAGACACAAAAGUCUCUUUAGACAUUCUACUGAAACGUCUGCUGAAAGCAAGAAUCUUGAUUACGCCAUGGAUAAUUUAUCAAGACAUGAGAUUUCAUCGAGUUCCCCUCUGUCAAACAACACAACUUCGAAAGAAGAGGAAUCUUUGUCCCCUAUGCAAAUAAUUUCUCUAGUAAUUUACUGUGUCAUUUUUGUGCUGGGUGUUAUUGGCAAUGGCCUUGUCAUCUAUGUGACCGGGUACAGGAUGAAGACCUCUGUUAACUCCGUCUGGUUCUUGAAUCUGGCGUUGGCUGAUUUCCUUUUCACUCUUUUCCUCAUUUUCAGCAUCAUCAGUCUUUCCCUCAAUCAUGAAUGGCCUUUUGGAGAAUACAUGUGCAAGUUCAACAGUCUUAUUCAAAUUAUCAAUAUGUUUGCGAGUGUCUUUCUACUGACAGCCAUCAGUUUGGACCGCUGUUUGACUAUAUGGGUGGUGGUCUGGGCUCACAACAAACGCACUCCAAACAAAGCCAGGCUCAUUUGUGUGUUUAUCUGGCUCCUCGCCCUGGCAUGUAGCAUUCCUUUCAUAAUCUCGCGCAGAGUAGAAAAUAACAGGUGUGCAAAGUCUGAAGCCAAACUGACAACCAAGCAGCUUGCAGUGUUCCGUUUUGUAGUUGGAUUUCUGAUCCCGUUCCUCAUAAUCACAUGUUGUUACGUGGCCAUCGGUGUCCGUGCCAGACGAACCAACAGGAGGAAGAAGAUGAGGCCUUUCCUCGUCAUCCUGGCAGUCAUCUUGGCCUUCUUCAUCUGCUGGUUACCCAUUCAAAUUGUCGACCUCAUUAUGACAGAUCAGUUAUACCUUCACAGCAUUAACCCAAACCUUUUCAACGGUGAUGUGUACUACAUGGCACGAAAGAUCUCUCCAGUGGCAGCCAGCUUGGCCUUCCUGAACAGCUGCAUGAACCCUUUUCUGUACAUGUUCAUGUGUGAGGAGUUUCUGCAGAAGCUGAAGCGCUCAGUGUUUGUGGUGCUGGAGCACGCCUUUGCUGAGGAGCAUCUGGUCUAUUUCUCCUUACAGUUGUCGGUCACGUCGCGCCAGUCUGCGUCCUCAGGGACAAACCAAAGAAAAGGAACUCCGGGGUCCCUGUUAGCCUUCUCAGGAACAAGACCAUCUGUAGCGGAGUGAAAGGAUACAACCUCAAGGCAAACCUCUCUGCAGAUGAGAUGAAAUAAAUAGAGCUGCUUGCAGGGAACAAAUAACUGGGAGAAUUGACCUGCCCAUUGCUGGCGUGCUGCCAGUCAUCAGGAUGCCCACGUUUUGUCACCCUGGUUGUGCCCUGUGGUUUGGCUGUUUCAAUAAAUCUGCCUCGGACAUCCCGCGGAUUUCACCCUGGGCCGUUUAUUGGAAUUUGUGCGGUAGUCUUGUUUCUUCCUGUUAUGAGUUGAAUUUGUGAAACUAGUCUCCACUUUCCUAAUUAUUUCGAUAUGACAGGAAUUAAGAAAAUUACGAUUUUAAUUACUUUUCACUCUCCAUAAAUGCUUUUUUUCAUAUGGAUAAGGUUUGAUAGAAAGUUCAUAUGAAAGGCUGCAAUAUUUAGUAGCCAAAUGAGUAGCAUGCCUGGACUCUUAUCCAUCCUGAACGAAAAUGCAUUUGUUGAUUCAGUGUGCUACAUGCUUUUCUGUCACCUUUAAUAUACCCUGUUACGUCUGUUGUUUUCAAAUAAAACUUGCUGCAUUUUACCUACUAAAAUAGAUAAUCCAUUCCAAGAUG